CCAGUUAGCUUGAAAAGAAAUUCCUAAUACUGAACAUGACUCAAGCUCAGAAUUCUAAGCCUGGCCUCAUAAACAAAAGAAGAAUCUAUAUGAAAUUAUGAAUGCAUAAGCUCAAACAAAUUUAACCCAAGAUCCACGACUUUGACCAAGGAAAUUAAACCAAACAACUAAGUUUUGCAAAAGAACCAUGACCAAGAGACAAAUGAACAAGAAGUAAAGCAGAGCUAGCCUAAAGUUAAUGUGAACAAGGCAUAACAGAAUUGACCUAAGCCAUUUCACUAACACCCAGACAUAGGUAAGACUAGUAACUAGGAAUCAUAACAAAACAGAUCUAAGCCAAAAAGAAACACUAUCACUUCAUUAGGAGUUAUAUUGACCCGCAGAAACCAUAAAAACUAGCAUAAAAUCACCAAGAAUUUCUAUCAAAAUAGCGUAGAAAUCUCCAAACACAAAAAUUGCAGAUUUAUCAUUAUCACUCCACAUCUCAGUUUAUUUAUUAUGCAAGCAAAACAAGUUCCAGAACUAGUCCAAAAUCACUAAGAUUUACAAUCAAAAUAGCAUGAAAAUCUUCAAAGACGAAGAUUCCAGAUUUAUCAUUAUCGCUUCACAUCUCGGUUCAUUAUGCUGGCAAAACAAGUUACGAAUGCACAAGCUCAAAUAAAAACAAAUUUAACCUAAGAUCCAUAACUUUGACCAAGGAAAUAAAACCAAACAACUAAGUGGUGCAAAAGAACGAUGAUCAAGAAACAAUUGAACAAGUAAAACAGAGCUAACCUAAAGUUAAUGUGAACAAGGCACAACAGAAUUGAACUAAGCCAUUUCACUAACAUCCAGACAUAGGAAAGACUAGGAACUAGGAAUCAUAACGAAAAAGAUCUAAGCCUAAAAGCAAACC